CUGGGAAAUGGCGAGUCGACGAGUAUAAGAAGCCCCAGGAGCUUAGCUAGCGCAUGUGCCAACCUGAACCUCCGCUGCACAGUCGCACAGCGAAGAACGCCGCGACAUCUCGCCGCGCGAGCUGCUAGGCUAGCUGCAGGUAAGCGACGGCGAUGGCGUCCCCGAAGCUAGCGGCCCUCUGCCUUGUGGUGGCGGCGUGUUGCUUGCCGGAGCUCGCGGCCGCGGAGUGCGACUGCGCGACGGACACGGCGGGGCAGGACAAGGCGCAGUCGCUGCGGCUCAAGAUCAUCGCCAUCUUCUGCAUCCUCGCGGGCAGCGCCCUCGGGGCGGCUCUGCCUUCGCUUGGCAACAGGUUCCCGGCGAUCCAGCCGGAGACCGACGUCUUCCUCACCGUCAAGGCCUUCGCCGGCGGCGUCAUCCUCGCCACGGGCCUCGUGCACAUCCUGCCCGCGGCCUUCGACGCUCUCAACUCGCCGUGCCUCGUCGGCGGCCCGUGGAAGAAGUUCCCGUUCGCCGGGAUGUUCGCCAUGGUCUCCGCCAUCGGCACGCUCAUCGUGGACACCGUCGCCACGGGGUACUUCCACCGGACGGACGCCAAGAGGAAGGCCGCGGCCAUCGCCGACGAGCCGACCGGAAACGACCUGGAGGCCACCGACGAGCACAGCCACAGCCACGCCCACGGCAUGUCCGUCAUGUCCGUCGCCGCCGCCGACGAGGAGGACCUUGUCCGCCACCGCGUCAUCUCUCAGGUGCUGGAGUUGGGAGUGGUGGUGCACUCGCUCAUCAUCGGGAUGUCGCUGGGCGCGUCCAACUUCCCGAGCACGGUGCGCCCGCUCGUGCCGGCGCUGACGUUUCACCAGUUCUUCGAGGGCAUCGGCCUCGGCGGCUGCAUCGUUCAGGCUAAGUUCAAGGUCAGGUCCGUGGUGACAAUGGCGCUCUUCUUCUCCCUCACGACGCCGGUCGGCAUCGCCAUCGGGAUCGCGAUCUCCUCCGUCUACGACGCCAACAACCCCAGGGCGCUGGUCGUCCAGGGGAUCCUCGAGUCGGCGGCGGCGGGGAUCCUCGUCUACAUGGCGCUCGUGGACAUCCUCGCCGAGGACUUCAUGAAGACCAAGGUCCAGAGCAGGGCCCGCCUGCAGCUCGCCAUGAACCUCGCCCUGCUGCUCGGCGCCGGGCUCAUGUCGCUGAUCGCCAUCUGGGCGUGACCCUUCCUUCCCGCCCAAGCACCACCGUACGUACGUUCAUUUCGGCAGAAAUUGCAGGGUUUUUUUUCUCCAUAUAUAGGCGUCGGAUCACUCUCGAGAAGACCUGACCAACUCGCCAUGGAUUCCGUAUUGCCACUGUUUGACUUGAAGCUGACGAGGGAUGUGCCGUGUGAAAGAUGUGGAGCGGCAGCGGCUCAUCAGAAGCUCAUAUAUCAUGUUUCUGUCUGGCUUGCAUGAAUUCGUCGACGUCCUUCGUCUUUUUGUUGUCGCCCUCUUACUGUAGCUGGGGAGACUUGUAGUUGUAGAUAUGUGCUACUGUGCAUAUCAGCAUAUCUGUCCUAGCUACAUGCUGUUAGAUAAUUCAGUUCAAUCUUAAACAAUAGAUUACGAAUUUAAACCCUAAUCAGCACAUGAUCACCGAUUAAUUCAAAUGAGGAAAACUAAAUAAAC